ACCACGUUGUAACGCCUCGUCGAAUCAACCGAGAAAAAAACAACUUAUAAACGGAAAGGGAACCGGAAAGUCCAGGCGUCUAGCAGUGUGGCAAUGGCGAUGAACUCACCAACGGCGUACCUCGCAAUCGCAAUCUUCGUUUCUCUGUCCUCCAUUUUCAGUACUGUCACUUCCGAUCUGACUGAGAUCAACGCCCCUCAUUUACAAACACACCAACAUUGCUCAAAUUCUGACAAUUCUUUGGCGUGCGAAAUCCAAGAGAUGAAGUUCAAGGUUGCUCGAUUAGAACUUUUAAGUGAGACAACUAGCCAAGAACUAUACACUAAAAGCCUUCAAAUUGGAAAUUGUGACAAGAAAAUUGAGGAGCUGAGUCGUACUAUUCAUAACUUGGAGUCUGAUUUGUCCAACUUAAAGGAUGCGCCGGACUACGAGGAAAUUAUAAAGUUGCUUGAAGAACAGGUACGAGAACUGGAGGCUGAUGUGAGGAGAAAUGACAAAAACCUUCAUCACUUAAAAGUCAAGGCAGAAGAUGACAAAAAGUCGGUGGAAUUGCUUGCUUCAAAAGUUGAAACGAUGGCGAAAAUUGUCCCAGAACUCUGGUUUCAUGUUCAGAAGCUUGAGCAGGCUUGUGAAGUCAUAGAAAGAAGAACAGGGGAGCUACGACGGCACUUACGCAAUCAGAAAUGUUCUUUCUUUAAGUUUAUCAACAAAUUACCUGUUAGACACUAUCAGAAAAUGGUAGUUCCGUACACAUCUAAAGCUCUACAUCAACUAAGGAGGUCAGCUUCAGUUGCUAAGAAGUAUCACCAUCAGGAGGGGGUGGGAGCAGUGACAUGCUUUUCAAUUGCAAGGUUUUGUCAAACGGAAGAUGGAGAGAAACGAGUCUACUGCUGUCCUAGCUGGAGAGGAGUUGGUAUUCUUCCUGGUUUCUAUUGUAGUUGUUUUCCCUAUUAUUCUUGCUUUGAGAUGGCUAUUAUCAGUGUUUUCUCUGGCUUCUUCUGUGGUUGUUUUCCUGCUCACAUUUGCGUUGCGAUUGUUGUCAUUGGUACCUUUUCUGAUGAGGAAAAAUUGGAGGAAGUAGUAGAUCAAGAAGGAGGUUCGUCGUUGCCGAAAUCGAAUCGAAGAAUUUGCGCUCGCCUACAAAUCUUCGCAAGAAUUUUUAGAGAUCACAUCUCGAAAUACAAAGAUGAUGCAUCCAUAAUUGAAGUCGUGCAAAGAAUAACUUCUACAAGGAAAACAAAAGUAGGAGAAGAAGAAGAAGAAAAUCCCGACAACAAUGAAAACCAAGGACGUGGUAGAGGAAGGAAGGAUGUACGUGAAAGUGGCGAUUAAUAUAUUUUUUAGUUCAAAAAUCAUUUGAGUUUAAUGUGAUUUAUUUAAUAGAUGCAAAUAAUUAGAAUGUCAUAGCUUAAAACAACCAACUAUGUAGUUAAUGUUUUUCUUAAUUAUUGUCCAAGAGUUAUAAUUCCUCUUUUUUAUUUAGUAACUAUACGAUAUAUAAUAGUAACUAUAUAAUAGAAAAAAGUUACUAUAUUACCUCUAAAGCA